AUGAUGAAGAAGUCGUCCCCGAAUCGCCACCUCAAGAGCUCAAGCGCAAAAAAAAACAAGGGGAAGGGGAAGACGGUUGAAACCGUAGCCGAAAUCAAAGAUGAUUCGAAAGCAAAGCCGAGACCUUGGACAAAAAUAGAAGAGGAGGCGCUAGCAAUGGCGUUUGUUAAGUCCUCAACUUGCCCGAUUGUUGGGAACAACCAAACGGGUAGUAGUUUUUGGAAGGUGAUAACGGGAAGAUUUAACGAGAUUAUGGAGCAAGGCCCGAUGCGUGAUCUCGAUACCGUCUUGGGCAAGUGGCGUAAAAUGAGCAAGGCCAUCAACACCUUUAGCGGGUAUUAUAACCAAAUUUACACUAAUUCUCCUAGUGGGAGUAACAACGAGGACAUUCUUAACCUUGCUUUGGCUAAAUGGGAUUCUAAAAAUUCAACGUCUUUCCAACACCUCCGACCAUGGAACAUUUUAAAGAAAGAAAACAAAUGGAAGCCGGUUCCAAAUGAGGUCGCGACCGCCAAACAGAGUAAAACUUCCGAGUCCGGAAGUUAUAGUGCCGGAGGCUCCACCGCUCGUUGUCAAAUCGACAUAAACGACGACCCGGAAUAUGACGAGGAUGUGUUGCCUGUUCACGAGUCGGAACGUCCCCCGGGAAGGGACAAAUCAAAUAAGAGGCGACCGGAAAGCGAAAAGGGGGCGGCUCGAGCCAAACAUCUUCUAGGGCAGGUUCGAAAAUGGACGAGUUGA